CUAAAUUCUCUGAUGUAAUACCAAAAUUACAUCAACAAUUGUUAUUUCAACUAACGAAUAGUGUAAAUAUGUUUGUGUACUUAUGUUAAGAAAAUAUUAAGACUUAAAGUGUAAUUAACAAAUUAAUAAAUAAUGGCCAGUGUUGUAAGUUUAAAUCGUGUUAGUUUAAGUUGCUUAGGACAUUUUAAACAUUGUAAAAAGAUUUCAGUUUUUAAAUUUUCAACAACUAGCAGUCGAUCAGUGCAAAUUUAUGAUUCCCCCGAAGAGGCAGUUAAAGAUAUUAAAGAUGGUUCAAAAAUAUUGUGCGGUGGUUUUGGAUUAUGUGGUAUACCGGAAAACUUAAUUGAGGCUUUACGUAAACAGGGAACGAAAGAUUUGACUGUUGUAUCGAAUAAUGCUGGUACUGAUAAAUAUGGAUUAGGAAUUUUAUUAAAUGAGAAGCGAGUAAAACGAAUAAUCGCCUCUUAUGUGGGUGAGAAUCGUGAAUUUGAAAGGCAGUACUUAAGUGGGGAACUGGAAGUUGUUCUUACGCCACAGGGUACUUUAGCUGAGAAACUUCGAGCAGGAGGUGCCGGAAUCCCAGCAUUUUAUACUCCCACAGCCUUUGGUACUUUAGUACAAGAAGGUGGUGUUCCUAUUAAAUACAACGAUAAAAAACAAGUUGUCAUUGCAAGUGAUCCAAAAGAUAUUGCAAAUUUCGAUGGAGUCGAUUAUGUAUUAGAAAAAGCUAUUCGAGGUGAUUUCGCCUUGGUAAAAGGAUGGAAAGCUGAUAAAGCUGGAAAUGUAAUAUUUCGUAAAUCCGCUAUGAACUUCAAUCCAACAUUAUGUAAAGCAGCGAAAGUAUCGAUUGUCGAAGUUGAAGAAAUCGUUGAAAUUGGUGCCAUUGAACCGGAAAAUGUACAUUUGCCAGGAAUUUUUGUUCACAGAUUACUUAAAGGCAGUAGUUAUAAAAAACCAAUUGAGAAAAUUACAGUAAGCAAACAAAGUUCAUCCAUUGCAUCAGUUGUAGCAAAAACACCAGCGGUUGCAGAACGAGAACGUAUAGUGAAGCGAGCUGCGCAAGAAUUUAAGGAUGGAAUGUAUGUAAAUUUGGGAAUUGGUAUUCCUAUGUUGGCUGCAAAUUUCAUUCCUGAAGGUGUGAAAGUACUUCUUCAAUCUGAAAAUGGUAUCCUUGGAUUAGGUGAAUUCCCAAAACCAGAAGAUGUCGAUGCUGAUUUAAUUAAUGCGGGCAAACAAACUGUAACUGUGGUACCCGGAGCAAGCUACUUUAGUGCCGAUGCUAGUUUUGCAAUGAUCCGUGGUGGGCAUAUUGAUAUUACAAUUUUAGGAGCUAUGGAAGUUUCACAAUAUGGUGAUUUAGCAAAUUGGAUGAUUCCAGGCUCAAUGGUAAAAGGUAUGGGUGGUGCAAUGGAUUUAGUAUCCUGCCCAAGAACAAAAGUUAUCGUUACAAUGAACCAUAAUUCAAAGGACGGUGGCAAGAAGAUUUUAGAAGAGUGUACAUUACCUUUAACCGGUAAACGAUGUGUUGAUAUGAUUAUUACGGAAAAAGGUGUAUUUAAAGUAGAUCCAGAAAGUGGGUUAGAAUUAAUCGAAUUAGCCGAAGGAGUUCCGGUAGAAGAUGUUAUUAUGAAUACAGGUUGUAGUUUUCGUGUUUCAGAAGAAUUAAAACCAAUGAAAGGCUAACUGGAUUUUAACUAUUCUUUCAAUAUUUAACCAAGAACGGAGUAUGGAUCCUGAAUUUUUUUAAUUGUUACAAAAUAUUAUUAAUGUUAUUAUUAUU